AGUUCAUAUGUUUCUGGUGGAAAAAGAAGCGCACAGCGCGCCGUUUUUUGGCUUGUCAACCGAAACCACGCAACAAUUUUCUCUUGUUAUAAUCGUGAUAAAUGUAACGAAUUUCCUGAUGUGUUAUUUAAAAGAGCAAAGUGUCCUACAUGCGGUGCUAAACAAAGUGUAAUACAAUUACCUUGUUAUCGUAUAUUGGACUUAAAACAGUUUUCCCACCGUUGUGACCCGCGAACUCUAACAUGCCUCUAUUGAAAAGGAAAGCCUUUGAGAAAUCGACAGCGUCGGAGUACCUUCGGGACGAUGACGAAGUUUUCCACUGUGAGAUCACGGAUGAGAUAUUCAAAGACUAUGAGGAGUACUGUGAGAGGAUUAUACUGGUCAAUUCGAUGGUGUGGACAUGUGAGAUGACAGGAAAGAAUAACUUGACAUAUGCAGAGGCACUGGAGAGUGAGAAAGCAGCCCGAAGGUCUCUCAAAGACUUUCCCAUGGAGCUGCGUAUACCGAUAUUGUUUCUGGCAGCAAGGACUAAGAGAAGUUCCUUUGCUGACAUGUCUGAGGAUGUGUUCAAUUUUGUAAGAGAGAGAUACUUUGUAGGUGAGACAGUGGAGGCAUGCCUGGAAGGUGACAUCUGGAGGGAAGCACAUGUGUUAUCUGUGACUGCACAGAAGCAACAUCCUGACAGCAAAACAACACUACCAUCCUCAUCCUACUGUUACGAAGUGGAGCAGUUUGAUGAGAGUGAACCAUCAGCGACCGGCCAGAUCGGCACAGCGCCUCAUGACCGCGUGCGCAGGCGCAAAGGCGUCUACACAAGGGAUAAGAACAGGCUGUUCUUGAAGCAAUUUGUUGAAUUAUCAUCCCCGGGUGUCAUUUCAAUAAAGAAAGCGGCACUGGAUAAAUACAACAUCAGCAAAGUUAGUUUCGAUCAGAUAUUCACUGGUGGACCACCAGAGUUCCCUUCUUCCAAAAAGUUGAUGAAGAACAGCUUGUCACCUGCAGCGUCCAAGAACCAAACGAAGCCAAAUUCAGCUAACAAAUUGAACAAAUCCGGCAAGAAAACUAGUCCAGAUAAAAAGGGCAGACAGGAGUCCAUGGAUAAAUUUGUUAAAAAGACAGAAAAACCUGAAGUAAAACAAAAACCGCCAAUUGACCCGGCGGCCAAGAAGAGCGCCCAAGAGUUAGCAGAAAAGAUGCGUCGGGCGGAGGACCAGAUGCGACAACGUAAGGAGGAGGAAAAAGCAAAGAAGAAAGAGAAAACUGCCCGUUUGCAGGCCUACCUCAAAGAAUGGCAGAAGGUCAAAGAUGAUUUGGAAUUAGAAGAUCAUAAGAUUAUACCAAAAGGCACACCAGUUGAAAUCGAGGGUAUACCUCAGAAGCACUUUGGUGAUUUCCUCUCGGUCCUGGAAUUUGUUUCCAUAUAUGCCGACGUCCUGAAAGUUAAAGACGUGUUCCACAAUGAGCUGGAUCUGGAGACGUUUCGGAAGGCUUUGACAAUUGAGGAGCAUGCUAACUUGUUCAGUGAUUUAGUACAGAUGUUCCUCACGACAAUUUUCUCUCUUCAAGAAGACGAGGCUGAAGAGUAUAAUGAGAAUAAAGGCAUUCAGGAGUCUACUGAAGUGAAAAAGGAGGACACAGAAAUUGGCAUGAACACGGCUGUGGAGCUGGCUACGAAGGCCAGCAAGUGGUCGCAGACUUACCUCGGCACGCCACUUAGCAAGCUGCCCCUGGACGCCACUACUGUCAGUGAAGUGUUAAGGCUGCACCUGCUGUCGUCGGGCGCGGCGCCGGGCAGCCGCUGCGCCACGUGGCGCUACCACCAGCGCGGCGGCUACAGCAGCGCCGACGACGCCGGCCUGGCGCUGCGCCGCCGCCGCCCCGAGCUGCUGCGCCGCCUCGCCACCAGCCACGUCGCCGAGCUCCACCUCGAUGACAAGUUGCAAAUCCUCCAGUGCCUCAUGCAUCAGAUCCUGAGCUACGCGACGGUUCGGGACAUCAUUGAAGAGAAACUAGAGGAGCUCAGGAACACUAAACAAGCGCUCAGGUUGUUGACGGCAAAUGAGCGCAAACGAGAAGCACAACUGAUAGCCGCCAGACAAGAGCUCAAAAAAGAAGCGGCCGCUAAAAAAGAGGAAGGGAAGUUAACUGGGGAAAAAGCUAAGGCCGUCGACGAAGAACUGCGACUGGCGACAGAGAAACUGAAUAAGGAGAAUGAAGUUAAAAAGCACGAGUACGAGAAGCGAUCAAAGGAGCUGCAGGUGGCGCUGUUCGAUUAUACAUCGUAUAUUGGGUCGGACCGCGCGUUCCGCCGCUACUGGGUGAACCAGCGCGUGCCGGGGCUGUUCGUGGAGGCGGGCGACGAGCCGCGCGGCGGCUGCCGCGACAAGCCCGUGCCGCCCGCGCCGCCGCACCCCGGCGACACGCUCGCCUACGUCGCCGAGCUGUUCGAGAGCGAACGCGAGAGAGCGGGCAGCGACAAAGAGAACGACUCGGGGCCGAACUCGCGCGGCGGCUCGCCCAAGAAGCCGCUGGCGAGCGUGAACGGGCUGCACAAGUUGAACGGCCUGGACAGCAACACGCAGCAGCUGCGCGAGCUGCUCGUCUGCACCGGCGACCUCUCCUCCUGCCUCGUGCACGGCACGGGCGAGCACCGGCCGCAGUGGUGGGUGUACCACUCGGCGGAGCAGGUGGAGGCGCUGGUGGCGGCGCUGAACCGGCGCGGGCUGCGCGAGGCCGAGCUGCGCCAGGCGCUGGAGCUGGACCGCCGCAGCAUCCUGCACUGCGUCGCCAAGUGCCCGCUGCACCUGCUCAACCCCGCCGCCGCGCCCACGGUCGGCGCGGCGGCGGCGCCACGCCGAGGAGCGCGCGGCGCGGCGCGGUCGGCGCGCGCGGCGCUGCCCGAGGCGGCGUCGCUGGCCGACGCGCUGGAGCUGUCGCUGCGGGACCACAUCCUCGAGCUCGAGGAGAAGAUCUUCCACGGCUGCCUCGGCGUGCUCAAAGUCAAGGACCGCGAGGCGUGGCGCGGCACGAUCAUGGUGCGCGGCUACGACAAGCAGGCCGAGUACCUGACGUGGGGCCCGCAGCGCCAGUAUCGCGACGACUACCACCUGCCCAACGGCGUGCUGCGCCUGCCGCCAGAUAUAGAUGAGACGGAUGUGAAGAUCCCAGUUAACAAGUACCGCGACCCUGGACACUACUUGGAGGCGCCGCGGGCCAACGGCGUACGACCUGACCGGGGCACUCCGGGGCUUGUUCGGACCCUCGCCUCCGCCCUGCUGCAGGUGGAGCAGGCCCUGCACCACAAGUACCUGAAGCGGCCGCUCGGUCUGGAUGACAAAGAACGCAAAGACCGCGAGGCGAGAAACAAGCCGCUGGACCUUGAAGCGCUGGAACGCUGGGAGGUGUCGCUGAUGGAGUGCCAGAGCUUCGCGCAGAUCGUGCUGCACCUAUUGACGCUCGACUCCAGCAUCACCUGGUCGGCCAGCAUACUGAACGCGAGCUGCAGACUGUGCAGGCGGAAAGCGGACCCCGACAAUAUGCUUCUCUGCGACGGAUGCAAUAAGGGACACCAUUUGUACUGCCUCAAGCCGAAGCUUGCGUCCGGUCCCACAAGAAAGAAAGUACCGGAUGGCGAUUGGUUCUGCGAUCAGUGCAAACCGAAGGAGCGGACUCCUCGGAAGAGGAGGAAACUGUUUUCCGAGGAGGAUCUCGAGGAGGCGCUGGAUGAUAGCUCGUCGUCGUCGUGUUCGUCGUCGACGUCGUCAUCGUCGCCGUUGCUGUCGGCCGUGUGCGGCACGUGCGGCAGCGGCGGGCGGCUGGCGGCCGCGUGCGACGGCUGCGGCGCCCGCUACCACCGCGAGUGCGCCCGCCCCGCGCCGCCCGCCCGCGCCGCGCGCCGCUGGCGCUGCGACGCCUGCCUGCACCCCGCCCGAGAGCACAGCGUGCGGCGGUGCGCGGCGGCCGCCAUCUCCAACAUCCACCAGUACACGCGCGCGCUCGACAGCCGCCGCAACAGCUCCGCAGAUUCUGACGACAGCGAGUACAAUACAGCGCUGGUGAAGCUGAAGGGGCGACGGUCGCGCGGCAGCAAGGAGCAGUCGCCGCUGCAGAACGGUGGCGCUAAAAGAGGGCGAAAACCAAAAAGUCACGCAAACACAAGCACAGGCAGGAGAUCAAAGACAUCUCUAACGAAUGGUGUAGACGAGGAGCGCACGAGCGGUAGGAAGCGCAGCGCGCGGUACGAGGAGGCGGAGGGCGAGGAGGAGGACGGCGAGCUGCACGCCGAGCGCCUGCAGCAGCUGCUGCGCGACGUCAUGAAACACCGCGACUGCUGGCCCUUCUACGAGCCCGUCUCCACCGACGAUGUGCCGGACUAUCUGGAUAUAAUCGAGCAACCGAUGGACUUCAGCACGAUCAAGUCGAAGCUGGACGGCGGCGAGUACGCCACGGACGGGGAACUGAUCGCGGAUGCGGCGCUCGUGCUCACCAAUUGCUACACGUACAACAAGGACACACAUCCGGUUGCCAAAGCUGGUUGGCGGCUAGAGAAGUACAUUAACAAGCGAUGCGCGGAGCUCAAGCUGCCGUCGCUGCCCGAAAUCCAGCUGGACCAAGCCGUGGAGGAGGGCGAGGAGGAGGAGGAGGAGGAGGCGAUGCUGCGACAUAAGCGGGCCGCGUCGUCGGAGGCCGAGGCGCCGCGCGCCAAGCGCCCCAAGCACAAGUGAUGGGCGGCCGCGCCCCCGCGCCUUCGAGACUACAUCACCUACUGAUGAGUCGUUGCACAUUUUAUGUGUGACUCCCAAAAACCACCAAAUGUGAUAGUGUUUUUUCUACAUACACCGAAGAGGUAUAGUGUAAAUUUUGCAGUGACAUUGAUUAUAUUGUAUCAGUGUACAUAGCGCUUAAUUGCUGUACUAGUUAAAUAACAGUACAUAUGAGUACCUAAGUUUGAUACUUGGCUCGUUCCAUAGACAAGGCUAUAUUGGUCAAACAAUGUGUACCGAUUUCAAUUUUUAUUCUGUACUUGUACAUUUGAAUACAGUUAUUUUUACAAACUACCAACUGCAUUCAUUACAAUAACAAAAUAAGUAGUGUGCGUAUUGAACUGAUAAUGUCUAUAACAAUAAAAGGAGUUACCGCUUGCAAAAUGAUGUAAUCAAUCCGCAUUUUGUAGAUUCUAGUAGUAAUGGAGGGUUGUCCGGUAAUGGGACAGUAAUUAGAUAGGCACUUAUAUUUAUUCACCAAUAUGUAUAUGUUUAUUUGGGAACAGAUCGCUCAGCAGGUAAAUUUUUUUAACUUAAUUUUUAUGCAAAUUUAUCCAUCAAGUUGCAAUAUUUUAUUGCAGUUUACUAUCGUAAAAAUUAAUAAAGACGAUCCAGCUGGACUGGUUGGAUUUAAAAAAAAAUUACGUUCCAUAAAUAAUUCCUAGAUUCCUACUUGCAACAUACUCUGUUCCUUUAAUAUUCCUUCUUACGAUGUCUGGCUGACCAAGGAACGAAAAGAUAUGGUGACAGCGUAUUCUUAUGCCAUCACCACACAGACGAACACUAAAUAAAAAAAUAAAGAAUAAAGAAAGAUCUGCUCGCUCGGUCUAACCUCACUUUAAGAAAUACAGUACAGAAAACUCCACUCCGCUAGACAUGUUCGCGCGAACAUUCGGCCAUUGCCAAUUGAUUUUGUCGCUACUGUGGCUUAGUAUGUGAUAUAUUUGUUUUCCCGAUAUAAAUUGUAUAUGCUUAAAAAAAGCUUGUUUUGGAAUGGAUAAAAUGUGAAUAGGCCUUAAUUAUAAUUAAAUUGUUAAGUAAUUGUGAUGUAACGAACAGAUAUGUAAUAAUGUAAAUUAUACGAUAAAUUAAUCAUAAAUUAGCGUUAAUUGAAUUCGGAUAUGUCAAUUGUAAUUGUUUCGAGUUGUUGUCGCAUUUCAAUAAAUAUGAUUCCCGGCUCUGAUGUACCACCAACUUCAUUGGAACCAAUUUAUAAAACAAGGAUAUCUUAAUGCUGGAACCACACCUGCGUUUAUCGUCGGACACAAUUCGUGCUCAAGUUCCGUUAUAUUUCACCACUAAAAAGUUACAGUGUUAAUGUGGCUGGUUAUAAAAUGGCUUAGAUAUUCUGAACAACAGUUAUCUAAUUUUUUUUUUUUACUUAUUUAUGAUUACUACAUUCUUAUCUCUCUCGUUCUUAUCAUUCAUACGACUCAUUACAAUUUCUCAAAAAGAUCGCUGUUGAUUGCCUUAUAGUAGUUGUCUUACGUGUGUAUUAGUCCAAGAACAAAGUAGUAAUAGACGAAUAUGACUUUUCCAACCACACAGUACAAGUACGAUAUUUAGUCAUAUGGUCUAAUACUGUUUGAGGUACCGCUACCCGAACAAAUUUAAGUCCGAAUAUUCGCGACAAUACCCAGUUAUAGUAGUAACAUCUGCAUGCAUAUAAAGUUAUAUUCGAACGUUACGCAAAAUUAAAUUUAUUACUAUAUUUUCACAAUUACAAUGAAAAUGCAAAAAUGCCACGCCCAUGUACAGCCAGUACUUGAGAUAUUUAAAACCUUUAUAGAAUACUGAUGAAGAUGAUUUUUUUUUUCUUUUGAUUUCUUACGAUACGCAAUAUUCUACGAAUCAAGGAACGCCGAAUUCGUUAAGAUUGCCGCAUGUGUGGAACCAGCAUAAUGUGAUAUCAGUAAUGUUUGUUGAUUGAUUUAGUUGUACACCAGAGUUGAUCAUUGCAAUGUAAUAUAUAAUUCAUAAGGUAGGAAAAGGUAUUAAAUCGUGUAAUAAAUGAUUUAGAGAUCCAUUAUAGGGUGUUUUUUCAUAUUAAAUAUUUAAAAAGACCGCAUACUUAAAAAGCAGACGGCACACCUGCAAUGCUUCUGGUGUUGCGAGUGAUCAUGGGCGGCGGUAGUCACUUACCAUCAGGUGAACCGCUCAUUUGCACCCUGUGUAUUAAAAAAAAAUACUUCAUCCGCCAUUGUUAUUUAUCUACUAUAUUGUUUACAUAUACCUACAUUAGAACAAUAAGUUCAUUAAAAUUAUACAGGGUGGAAGAGACAGGUUUGGACAAAACGAAAACGGCUGAUUCAGAUCAAUGGUCUAAAUCAGACGGCAGAUUAUUUUCCCAUUGGAAAUACACCACAGUUAUAUAAUUAACGAUUCUUAUUUUUGACGCCGCGCAAUGUAUUUUGAAGUUUUACGACGUACUCCACGCGACGCGGUAUAUCCACACCGCGCGGUCAACGGCGCUUCUUCGUAGGUAGUCCUCGCACGCUUGUGGCGUUAACGUUACACAGUUUAUUCCGCGCGUCGCGGUAGAAUUUUAAUACUAAUAUUACAUUGUUGUUUUUUUUUUAUUUUGUAAUUUUUCACUAUAUAAUUUUAUUAUAUAGUUAUAAAAAAAAAAAGUUAAAAUUUUCAAGAAAGAAUUUCUAUUGAUUUUCAGUUCAGAAUAAUGGUCUGAAUUCACUGUUACAGCUAUUGCCAACCUGCCCCUUAUACCCUGUAUAUGGAGACGACUAUAAUCUCUGAGAGGGUAGCUAGAAGCAUUUGUUGGCCAUUACCAACAUUGUGGAGAAAUUAAUACACAUGUUCAAAUUUCGCCAAGCGUAUUAUCGGCAAGGAGGCUAACUUACCGCCGUAACUCGAAUUUGGUUUGCUAUCGCCGGAGAGUUUGAAUAAUUUAAAAUGAUACAAAAUUUAUUAUAUUAAACUUGAAGGUAGUUAUAAUAAAAUUUAAUAACAGAAAAACCGUGUUUAACCAUGUAUUAUAUUGUCUGUGGCCAUGUACAGAUCCUAUUGGUCGGCAAGGCGCGCGUUACCAUGGUGUUACAGGCUUCCAUAGACUAUGGUAAUCCUGUUUACCAAUAGACGACCGUAUGCUUAUUUGCCACCAUAGUAGUAUUAAAAAUAAUGGCUUCACUUGCUUUACAAUGGUAGGAAUAUUGACAUGUUUUGUUACCCCUUAACUCCGCAACAUUUCUUAAAGAUCUUGUUACUAACUAGAAAGUGAUAUCGGUACUGCGUGGGUGACGUUGCUUUAUAAAAAAAAAAUAUAAAAUCCAUGUUGGUACGAAGCAGUAAAUGUUUAUGGCCACCUACAACUUAAAUAUUGCAUUUACUAUUUUUUAAUUUUAAAGUUCUUCUAAAUAUGUGCUGAAAAUGUUCCAUUUCUUCUUUUUAUCUCGCUUUUUUUUUUAUCUAAGUCGAAACUUGGUCAUAUUUAUUUUAUUUCUAAUUAGUUUCACUUUCUAUUAUAUUUUUACACACCUUUGCUAUCUAAUAUUUACUUUAAAAUACUUUGCAUUUGUUCCACAAUACUGAUAAAAGUGUAUAAAAUUAUAUGUCUAUAAAUUACUACAUACAUAAGAUAUAUAUAUAGCCUGAAAUAUAAAAAAGUAAUUUAAACCGAUUCCAAGGCGCGAUUUUUCUAAACUUAUUUCCAACCCAAUUUGAUGGUUUAGCGAAAUAACUGUUUUAUGGGCUGUCAUAUAAUGUAUAUAUAAAUAAAUAAUUCUAAUAAUUAUCACUUGAUCUAUUAGAAAUUUAAUUCAUAAUUGAGUAAUUAUUUACGAUAAAGAUUUUGCGGUCAUAUCAAAUUUAAAUACAGUGAACGCUCUAUAUAAGCAACAUUCUUUAUAUUUUAUUUAUUCUACUCAGCUUAGUUAGUAAAAGAUAUAAGUAAAAAUAUUUUCCAGACGGUAAGUAGUUUUAUACUCCUUUUUUUUCCCCUAUAAGAAACUUUUCCCAAUAAUUAUUGAAAGUGGUUCAAAUGAGUUGCUUAUAUGGUAUAGAGCGUUCACUGUAUUAUUUUACAGACAGGCUUAGAGAAAUAUCGCCUCGGAAUCGACCUCAAUAGUAUGCGGUCCAUACACUAGUACUUAAAGCAAUGUAAGUCGCAAAUUAUACUUUAUUGAUUCGUCUGUAGCGCUGUUAUUGCCUUGUAAUCUUAUAAUGAAAUCAUUACUGGCCAUAAAAGGCUUAUAUAAAAAAUAAUAUGUAUAUAGACUAUACCUACUAUACUAGAGACCUACAUGUGAUUUACUUUAAUGCGUCCUGUCUGAAGACAACUGUAAGCUUACUCUUGAAAUAAAUACCAAUAAAUCGAUAUUGAUAUUGAGACGUUUCGCAUUCACGAAUUGCAACACUAGCGACAUAAUGGCUCCAUAUUGUUCUGAUAGAUGCAUAUUAGUGUAACUUGCCAAUGCAAACUAUUGUAAACCGAUCCCAAUUAUAACCUAAUUCCUAACUGUUGUUUCAUGAGCGCAGUAUAAAAUUCUCACUGGCAAUAGAUUGGAUUGAUAUUGGAUUCAAGAGUAGACCUUCUGUUUAUGUAAUAGCAAAAAAUAUUUCGGUAAUGAUUAAAAAGAUUGGAGUCGAUUCUGGCGCGUCAUUUCUAAACCUAGCUCAAAAAGGAAAAUUCCAAUUUGAUGUCGCAGCGAAGUUUUUAUUGUAAGGACCAACAAGAAGUAAGUUUCUAAUAGUCAAAAUUAUUAUAAUUUCAGUUUAUUACUUUUACGACAUUUAAACUUUCAAAAAAAGAACAUCUUUUCUUAUAAGGUUGGCAACACACCUGAUAUUGCGAGAGCUUAUUGGUAUUGGCACUUACCAUCUGUUGAGCCGCAUGCUUGUUUGUCCCCUAUGUUAUAAAAAAAAAUGUCCAUAAAACGGUGAUUUCGCGAAAUUAUCAUCAUCCUACCCUUAUCUCAAUUAUUAUUUUGGGUCGGCGUAAUAUUUUGCAAAUUUAUCUAAUAUUAAGAUAAGAGAUAGGUAUAGAGAAAUGACACCCCAAAAUCUACGAUGCUCUUCGGAUGAAUUCGGAGCACUUAAGCAAAAUUGUCUUAAAAUGCAUUUUUAUUAAACACUCCAUUGAUCUUGGCAGUAAGGUACCAGAAUAGUAUUUAGAUAAACUUAUAGAACUUGUAUGGGGUUUUAAAAGCCAAGGUCGAAAAUUCUAUUUCCUUGCCGAGAGAAACGGAUUUUUAAAUUGAUUAUGUUAUCAUCACAAUUUAUAAGUUUGUUUAUGCUGAUACCGUAAUAAUUUUCAAUGAUUGUGAAUGCCGUGCAGCGUCCAUAGCGAUCAUGUCUAACAAAACAACCAAUAUAAUAUUGUUUAAUAUAUCAUUAGGACCAAAUAAUUUAGGCCUCAAACUCAUGUUUUUAGAAAUAAUCAAGUAAAAUAUGGACUAAUAAUAAGAAGCCAGAAUCGUCACAUUACAUACAAAAUAGGUACAACUUGGGAACGGCAGACCUAUUCCCAAAAGGGGCUUAUUCCCAGAAAGGGUUAGUUGGACCUUUGCAACUAAAAUUAUAAAAAUUAGGGGAGUGGCGGAAAAAGAUGAAAACAGUGUGAAGCAGUAAAUUCUUAAUGCUUGAUACAAUAAUGAUUAAGGACAAAUGGCUACUUCCACUUGUCCUUACCAACUUUCCCUCCUGGGGGUAAGAAUGGAUUUUUUUUUCUACCUCUUCCUACUAUUGUGAGUCUAGUAGGCAUAAAUACUUAUUCAUAAUAUACAAAAUUAUAUGUCCAAUUUUGUUUUUAUGUUAUUUAGAUAGAAUAUGUGUGUGUUUUGUUAGAUUUUAUCGGCGCGGGCGCAUUAUUACAUACCUAUUAUUAUAUUUUUAGAUGAUUGUCGAGUUGUGACUACCUGCUAUCCAUGGUUCACGCCCACAAGUAUUAAGAUAUAUGUGUGUAUCAUAACGUGUCCUGUCUUCUUAGUAACGGUAAAUGUUUUCAAAUGUUAAUUUCCUGUACAUUGAACAUAUUUUACCUGCAUUUAGUCUAAACCUCAAAAGUAGUAUAAUAAAAUUAUAUAACUAACAAUGCAAGGCUUGUGUUCGCCUACGGAUAGUACCUAAUUAUUUUAAUUGUAGUGUUUAUUGUUUUAAAUCUUAAGUUUUAUUAGGUGUUUUAUCGUUUAUGAUUCAAAAUCUUUAGUUCGAUUUAUCCAUCAUUGUGGUUUUGUUUGCUAAAUUUUAUAUUAGUUUUUUUUUUUUUAUAACCAAAUAAAAUUUCAACAUGAGGCAAAGCCAUAAUUUUUUUUUAAGUAGCUAUUUGCUAAGUGUGGCGUCGUGUUAAAACUUGAGUUUCUAGAUUCGAAUAAAUUUUAGAAAUAAUUGAUUGUAUUUUUAAAUGAUUCAUGACGUCACUACUUGUGCAAACUUACAGCCAAAUAUGAGACCAGUGUAUAUUUUACUAAUAGCAUCGAUUAAUACUUGUGCAUUGCAUUCCUCUAGGACAUAAUAGUGUUGUGAUGAACAAUGUGUGUUAUUUUCAAAUUUCAAUAUUGAUGAUUUUGCCAACCGUUUAUUUAUUGAUAUAAUUUGUAAGGUCUUUUUUUUUUAAUUUAUAUUAUAGUGAAUAAAGCACUUUUACCACAUA